AUGUCCUGGCGUGAGCAGUCGCCCCGAGAAUUCGAUCCACAUGGAGGCCGAAACGCUUUUCGCAACGACGACACUUUGCAGUCUACUUCAGAUCGCGUCGCCUCAUUUCGUGCGAUGCGUUCGUUCACUGAGUCGAUCGAAUGCGAUCUACCGCCUGCUCCCGAGUUGCCUGCACAACUCGACAUCGAUCGUCUCUCUAUGAGAACUAGCGACACAAAUGAGACGAUCGUCGAAGUGGUGAAGCCAAAGGAGACCAUAGACCCGUCAUUGGGUGAAACUCAAAAGUACAAAAUGGCUGUUCCAGGACCUGGCCAUUCUGAGCAGGAACAAGAACUCCAUAAAAGUCUCCUUCGCGAUGAGGACGACCUGGAUUCGGAGGUGGAAGCACUGGCAGCCGAACAAUUCAAACGCCCCGUCGCCCCACCGUCUGCGUUUGCACGACAUGUUCAGGACCCCGAACAUGCCGCAUUACGUCGUCAAUACAGUAACCCAGCCGCGCAGCGUCCCCGUCCAACCACGCCCACUCAGUCUUGUGCUUUGGAGAGAUUCGCCUUCAACGCUCCGUCCGAUGAAGUCGUGGAAGUGAAAGCAGAGGAGAAAAUUAAAGUAUCGAUACCGAAGGAGAGAACAGUGUCCCGAAGGAGGAAAUCCGAUAUGCCAUACUCAGAUUUCUAUGAAAGCAUUUCUUCCCAGAUUCCUCCACAGGCUCGAGGCACCGUGUCAGGUCGUACAACACCAUUAAACGAUUACGAGGGCGAUAUAUUGGAGGAAAAUCCACAGUAUAAGAAUAAGGCUCCACCUCCUCCAGUCGUCCAUCGCCGAACUAGCAUUGAAUGGGAGAAUUUCGAGGAAUCUAUGCCGAUCCCGGGAAUGCAGAAUAAUGUUGAAACUACAAAGGUACCUGACACAAGUGAUGAAUCAACGGCAAAGAAGGCAAAGGUCGAAGAGACUGGACUACAAUCUCAGACCUUCAAAAACGGCCGAACUUAUUAUGGUCUUUAA